AUGCCGGAUAACUACAAUGUUGUUUGUUUUUUGGGAAAGCAAGAAAUAGCUUUUCGUGGUCAUAACGAAAGUAGUUCUUCUAUAAAUAAAGGAAAUUAUUUAGAACUUUUAGAUUUACUUUCUCGAGAAGAGCGACUUCUCAGAGAACAUUUUAUGUCGAAUUCAGUUUUUAAAGGAACAUCAAGCGAUAUUCAAAACGAUUUAAUUUCCUGUAUUACUAGUGUGUUAAAAACUAAAAUUUCAAACGAAUUACAAAAAGCAAAUUGUAUUUCUAUUCAAGCUGACGAAACAACAGAUGUAUCGUGUAAAUCUCAAAUGAGCAUUAUAUUUAGAUAUGUAGUCGAUAACAAAAUUGAAGAGCGGUUUAUAGGCUUUUUCGAUGUAUCAAAAGAUAAAUCUGCUUUUAGCCUAUCUGAAAUUUUAUUAACAGAAAUAAAAAAUUGGAAUAUAGGUGAUAAACUAGUGUGUCAAACAUAUGAUGAAGCAGCUGUUAUGGCAGGGCAAAAGAAUGGAGUUCAAGCUAUUAUUAAACAGUCGUAUCCAAAAGCAAUGUUCAUACAUUGUUAUGAUUACCAACUUAAUCUAGUGUUUCUACACGGAUCAAAAUCGAUAAAAUCUGUAAAAAUAUUUAUAAGUGAUUUGACUAUGUUUCAUACAUUUUUUAGUAGAUCGCCAAAAAGGAGUCAGUUUUUAAGGGAAAAAGGGUUUAAACUUCCUCAAAGUUGUGAAACGAGGUGGAAUUAUCACUCCAGAGCUGCUGCAAUUAUUACUACCCAUUUUAUAGAAUUGAAAAAAGCGAUAACUUGUGUUACAGACGAAGACGACUGGGAUCCAAUAACUAUAAAUAUGGCAUAUGAUAAUUUACUAGAUGUAUAUCAAGAACUUUCAAAAUUGUUACAAUUAGAAUUAUGCAUCCCUGUAACAAUUUCUUCCAGUGAGAGGAAUAUGAGUGCUUUGAAAAGUAUUAAAACGUUUUUAAGAAAUUCUAUAAACAAUGACCGAUUGUCAAAUUUGUCAUCACUGGCCAUUGAAAAACAAAUGUUAAACGAGUUAUCCAUAAAUCCUACAUUUAUUGAUGAAGUUCAGGGCGACAAUGGAAAUUUACAUGGUGUUAGUCAAUAA